UCAGAACUAAUUAUAUGAGCUUUCAAAAAACUACUUUAGACCUAGAUAUCACAAUCAGCAGCUUAGUGUGAGAUUUUAAGAUAAACAGAGGUCUACGCACGUGGUACAAUACCAUGCUGUAGGUGACCGGUAAACAAGUUCAUAACAAAACAAAACAAACUAUUCAAUGUUGUGUUUAUGUGAUUUGUAAACUACAGUAAAAACCAUGAAGUUCGCCUACAAAUUUAACAACCUGCUGGGAGCAGUAUUUAGACGGGGUAAUCUAUUGUUUACUCCCGACGGGUACUCGGUAAUCAGCCCAGUAGGCAACCGGAUAACAAUAUUUGACCUGAAAAAUAACAAAUCAACCACGCUCAGUAUCGAGAGUCAAUACAAUUACACCGCUAUCGAUCUCUCUCCGAACGGAUGUCUACUAGUUGCAGUGAACGAAAUUGGCGAAGCGCAGAUGGUCAGCAUGAUUUCCCAGACGACCAUCUACCGACACAAGUUCCGAAGCGAGGUGAAACACAUGCGCUUCAGCCCGGAUGGCCAGUACUUCGCGGCUUGUGUUGAUUCCGCCGUUCUCGUAUUCAUGACGCCGGGUGAUUCUACCGGUUUGUACGGUUCGUUUGUGGUGCACCGUGCGUAUGAGAUCGGUUUCGAUGAAACUGUCUUUCUCGAUUGGGCACCAAACUCCAAGGUGCUUGCAAUCGGUUCACGUGACAACACGGUUCGACUGCAGAAUGUGGCAUUACUGAAGACGUUUCGACCGUUCGUACUGGGUGGCCACCGGGAGGCUAUUGUCGGUUGCUUUUUCGAGGAAAAAACACUUGAUGUGAACACCAUCAGCAAGGAAGGUUUGUUGAUGUUGUGGGAGUGCAGUAUGGAAGUCGAUGAUCUGGAUAAGGAACGUGAAGAACUUAUCGAGGCAGUGGAGGUAUCUUCUGUAAAGAAAAAAAGAACAAAGGAAGCAAACAACGACGAGAACGAACUGGAGACUUUUGCCGUUGAAACGGAUCUCGAACGAAAUAAUGGAAUGCCGGAGCUUAACUUCGAGCGGUUUAAGGACGUUAAAGAUGGCGAGGAACGCGACGCUCAAGGCAAACUAAUAACGAAGGAUACGCGGCAUCCGUUUUAUUACAAGCGCCUUUCGCGUCACUACCUCGCAGGAGAUGCACGCCAAGAGUCCCACAACGCAUCCGUUACGGCGACUGCCUACCAUCGGCAUCUGCGGAUCCUAGUUGUAGCCUUUUCGAACGGUUCGUUUUAUCUGUACGAGCUGCCGGACGUGAAUAUGAUCCAUUCGUUGAGCAUCUCCGAGGCGAGCAUUAGCUCGGUAGUGUUUAAUGAUACCGGCGACUGGCUGGCACUCGGUGUAUCCUCCCUCGGUCAACUACUCGUGUGGGAGUGGCAAAGCGAGCAGUACAUCAUGAAGCAACAGGAGCAUUCGCAGGGUAUGGGCUGUUUGACGUACGCACCGGAUGGCCAUCAGAUUGUCACCGGUGGACACGAUGGUAAGGUGAAGCUGUGGAACGUUACCAGCGGCUUUUGUGUAGUAACUUUCAACGAGCACACAUCAGCUGUGACAGCUGUCGAGUUUAGCCGGAACAAGAAGUACUUCGUCAGUGCGUCUCUCGACGGAACAGUGCGCGCGUUUGAUGUGGUGCGGUAUCGAAACUUCCGAACAUUCACCUCACCGGAACCGGUGCAGUUCGCCUCGGUUGCAAUAGAUUUUUCGGGUGAGCUAGUGGCCGCAGGCGGUCAAGACGAGUUUGAGAUCUACCUCUGGUCGAUGAAAUUGGGCCGCCUGCUGGAGGUGCUGAGUGGGCACGAGGGUCCGGUCAUAUCUCUCGCAUUCGCACCCGUCGCUUCCUCUUCAACGAUGGUGUCUGGUUCGUGGGAUCAGACGUUGCGAAUCUGGAACUGUCUGGAAGCGUCCGGGGCACACGAAACCGUACAGACCGGCUCAGACGUCGUGUGUGUCGCAUUCAAGCCAGAUGGUGAAGAAGUGGCGGUUUCCACGCUUAAUGGCAAUAUAACCGUAUUUGACAUUAAAACGUCCGCCCAGCUGGCUUCCAUUGAGGGAAGGAACGACAUGGAGGGGAGUAUCUCCAAAAACGAUCUUACCUCGGCCAAAAAGAACCUUCUCGGCAGAGCAUUCAUGACAAUAUGUUAUUCGGCGGAUGGCGAGUGCUUAUUGGCUGGAGGCAAAUCGAAAUACGUCUGUAUUUACAACGUAAAGGAGGCGAUACUGUUGAAAAAGUUCCAAAUCACUAAGAACCGAAGCUUGGACGGCAUGGACGAGUACAUAAACCGUCGGAAAUUGACUGAGUUUGGUAAUAUUGCCUUGAUCGAAGAACGAGAGGAGUUAGAGGGUGGUAACGUAGCGUUAAAGUUACCAGGAGUACAAAAAGGCAAUAUGGCUGCAAGGAAUGUCCAACCGGAGGUGAAAGUGGACUGCUUACGAUUCUCACCGUCCGGCCUAUCGUGGGCCGCUGUUUCGACCGAGGGGUUGAUGGUGUACGCGCUGAAUAAAGGCGUGGUGUUCGAUCCGUAUAAGCUGUCGGCGGAAGUGACGCCACGAGCUACUCGUGAUUUGUUGCAAAAAGAGCACAACUACGGUGGCGCAUUGAUGAUGGCGCUGAAGCUGAACGAAACGAGUCUUAUGCAGGAAGUCCUUGAAUCGGUGCCGUACUCCGACAUUGAGCUAGUUAUCGGUGCUCUUCCGGAUCAGUUUGCCCUCCGUACUCUGCAAUUCGUCGCGAAAAGCAUCGGCACCAGCCAACACAUUGAAUUCUACUUACGAUGGUCAAACUUGCUACUUACUCGGCUGGGGCAGGUCGACGAGUUGCUUGAUGCACAAACGUUAGUGACGCUACAUCAGAAUAUAAACCGAAAAUAUGAGCAACUAAGUAAAAUCUGCGAUUUCAACAAGUACACCAUGCAAGUGCUACAAACGCUCUGUGAGUCGGGGACAACUAGAAAGUCAACGACAGCCCGUUCCAAUGCCGACGAAGAAAAAGGUAGUGAUGCAGAUGAUUUGGCUGACGAAAAUGGACACAUUUCUUCAGACGAUGAGGAUGAGAAAGAGUGGAUGCUGAUAAAACAGGAAGGGCUACGGCAGUCAAGAAAUGAUAACACAAGCUCCGAUGAGGAAGCAGAUAUGGAAGAGCAAGAAGAUGAUGAAUAAUGUGCGGUUAUUCUAUUUUAGGAGGCAUUUAAUAAUUUUGUUGGUGUAAAUGUUAUUGAGUCCGGUAAAACCAAGAAAGAAAUAGACACCCACACUUUCUGUAACAUGUUCGGGCAAAAGCUUCAAUAAAUGUUUACAAUUCGAAAUCUUCGUUUGU